UGGUGGAGAGAGACAGAGGGACACACAGGCGCAGUCACUGUCAGAGAGAGACACACACACAGAAAGAGGGAUAAACGCACAGAGAGGGACGGGCAGACAGACAGUCGCAGAAAAAGAAAUACAGAGAAAAAGGCAAAGUCACAAACAGAGAGAGAGCUAAAAAAGUGGGACAGAGAAACACACACACACAGUGUAGCAGAGAUACACUGAGGUACAUACAGAGUAUAGCGCACACACAGAAACAGAGUAACACGGACGUACACACACACACAGAGGCAUACAGAUUAUAGUACAGACGCAGUCAGUCACCGCGGCUCUGAUACAGUGACACCCAGGCACGGAACGGACAGUCGGGACCUGUGUCCGGAGCCGGAGAGCGCUCUGUGGAUAUAACGUGCAGAGGGAGCCGGCGGCAGUCCGGGGCGAUGAGCCGAUCAGGCGCUGCGCUGUGAGCGGGACCGAGGCUGACCAUGAAUUUGGGCGUCGCAUUGCUCACCUUGUGGCACCUGUGGCUGGAGACCGAGGGUGACUGGAUCCCUCCUGAAGACAGACACCGGAGCUUCCUCUUCCAUCCGACACUGGAGGCGGACAUUGAGAAUCCUGACGACCUUGGUUUGGUGUCCGUAAGCGAAGACGAUCGUGCGAAAGCGGUGCGUGUGACCCGUAGUACAGUGGUGGAAAUGGCCAAGCCAGCCGAGUGCAAGGUCCGGCCGGAGGUGGUGGAGAUAACGCGGAGCAUGGUGGAUCCCACCAGGGCCAACUUCUACCUGUGGCCGAGCUGCGUGGAGGUCCAGCGCUGCUCCGGCUGCUGCAACUCCAGGAUCUACAAGUGCCAGCCCACCAAGGUGCAGGAGCGGCGAGUGAAGGUUAGGAAGCAGGUGUACCGGCGGAAGGGCAACACGAUCAAGAUGGUGGAGGUGGUGAUAUUCGAUCACGUGGCCUGCAAGUGCAUGAAUGCAGAGUCCCAGGGGAGAGAGGGGUCCUUGGUCUCUCCAGCACCCAUCAUAGUCCGGGCCCGCAAGUACAGCAGCAGAAAACGGAAACAUCGGAUGUCCCAACACUGGGACAUCGCUGGGGCGAAAGGAGUCCACCACACAUAGCAAGCCUUGAGAUUCAGAUUAUCUUCUGGGACGGUGUGACACUAGAGAUCCAAGGCAGACCUGCUUUACACAGCCAACGGGAGAUAAUCCUCCGGGGACUACGUACCUUUCGUGUAAAGGGACGAAUACAACACCACUGUGCACUAAGGACCAAAAUAUUGACUUUCAGCAAAUGAUUUCUAAGCAACGACCACUGGAUUUUAUUGAGCAAAGACUGGAGCCAAUCAGCAUUGAGUUGUCUGCUGGAGGCCGUGUUGAGACUUGGCUCUUUGCACUGUACAUUGAGCUUUUCCCUGUUAAUAUUUGACAUUUAAUGUUUGUUUCUGCGCACUGCAGCGAAGAGGAGGCCCAUCCUUCUGCUGCUGGCUGGCUUGGCCAGUUGGUGUAGCAUUUCGAGAGGUUCCUUUCCGAACCGCCUGUCCCCUCCCCGGACAGAGAUGGAGCCCAGCUUCCCCCUUGUCCCUGACUGGCUCAAUUCAGUGACACUCUGCUCCGUCCCGACUCCUGGGCUUCUGAUCUGUCGGAGUUAAACGGGUCGGGGACGGAGCCCGAGGCUCAGGAUCUGGCAGCGGAGGGGAGAGGAGGGGAGGGGGGUUGUUCCCACGUUCUGCACCGGACUGCCGCCGCCUCCUGCUUGUUCACGCACUUCAGGGACUGGAGACCCGCCGGUGCUACAGACCGGGGCAGAUCGCAGAUCGAUCGCUGUUCAAUCGAGAUCGCAGGUGGUGCCUGAAUGGAGCAGUGAAGAUUACUAGGUUACUGCUGUAAAUAUUGAAUCUCAACUGUGUUUUUAAAGUUAAAUAGACUAAUUAUUUAUAUAUUUAAAGAUGUAAAAGUUUCUAUGAAGUAUAAUAAACGGCUGUUUGUGGUAAUGCUGUGAGG